UCCAGCGGGGACUGAGCACAGUAGCCUUCCUGCAUCAUGAAGAGAGGAGUACUGUGCCUCAUACUGGUCGCCCUACUGACGAGAGCCUACGCACAGUUACCAUGUGCCCUUAUCAUGCCCAGCAUCCUGCGUUUGGAGACCCGGGAGACCAUCAUAGUGGACGCACAGUUACAGAGCACUCAGUUUGAUGCAGAAAUCAUCAUUCAGGAUUUCCCGCUGAAGUCACAAGAGCUGGUAAAAGGGAAGGUUUCACUGAACAGUGCCAAUGGCUUCCUUGGAAAAGUCGAUAUGAAGAUUCCUGGCAAUGAUUUGUUUAAAGACACCAAUAAGAAGCACUAUGUAAACGUGGUGGUGAGGUCGAAGGAGUGCGCGCUUCAGAAGGUCGUUCGGUUGUCCUUCCACAGUGGAUACAUCUUCAUACAGACAGACAAGCCGAUCUACAACCCUGGAACUCUGGUAAAAUACCGUCUCUUUGUUACUGGACACUCCUUGGAGCCUGAUGCCCGCAUUGUAGACGUCGAGUUCGUUAACCCAGAUGGAAUUGUGGUGAAAAAAGAAAGGUUCUCUUCUGGUGAACAUGUUGGCAUUGUUGAAAAAACAUUCAACAUCCCAGAGAUCACUAAUGAUGGAAUAUGGAACAUCACCUGUAAAUUCCAAGUGGCUCCUCAGGAUGUCUUCUUCACAGAGUUUGAGGUCAAGGAAUAUGUUCUGCCAAGUUUCGAAGUCUUUUUGGACACUCCUCAGAAUCACUUCUAUGUGGAUGAAAAUGACUUCACUGUGACAAUUACAGCAAAUUAUCUCCAUGGGAAGCCGGUGGAAGGUUUCGGUCUCGUCAUGUUCGGAGUGAUUCUUAAUAACGAGAAGAAGAUUUUUCCUGAUUCUCUCACCAAUAUUACGCUUAAUAAAGGGAAAGCAGAUGUGAAACUGGAAAGGUACAUGAUCCCCAGGCCAUUCUUACUUGACCCGUCCUUCCUCCUCGGAAAGUCUCUCUAUGUCAGUGUGACUGUGGUGACCAGUGCAGGCAGUGAUAAGGUGGAAGCAGUGAAGACGGGGAUACCGGUGGUCAACACCGCAUUCAAUGUGCUUUUCACCAAGACCUCCAAACACUUCAAGCCUUCAAUGCCUUAUUUGCUCAAGCUUUUGUUGCAGAACCCUAAUGGCUCCCCAGCCCCAAAUGUUGAACUUUGUACGCUGGAUAACGCAUGCUCUAAAACCACCGCAGAUGGCACAACUGGAAUCAUUAUAAACACUAAACCUGAAGACCAGGAGAUGAAAAUUCUUGUAAGGACUAAGGCUGUGGGCAUUCCGGACAAGCGGCAGACUGUAGGCUCUUUGACUGUGACAGCUUACAAGCCCCAGGGGGGAUCUGAAAACUACCUCCACAUCGGUCUCACAGAAACCAAUAUCAAUGUGGGCGACAACUUGCAAGUUCAGUUCUAUACAAAGAACAAAAUCCUAGCCGUCCAAAGAAGCAUCACCCACAUUAUCUACAUGAUCAUCAGCAGGGGCCGGGUCAUAAAACUGGAGCGUGUGCAGCGCCAGCCGGACCAGACCGUUAUUGCCACAUCGAUAGUGAUCACAGGGGAGUACAUCCCAUCCUUUCGCAUGCUGGCCUACUAUGUAGUGCCCGGCAACCAGAAGGAGAUUGUGUCCGAUUCUGUGUGGGUGGACACGGCGGAUUCCUGCAUACGACAGCUUGAACUGUCUGAAGACCCCAAGAAAAUCACUCUGAACCCUCAGCCAGGGACACCAGUGAGUCUGAAACUCACAGGAGAACCUGGAGCCAGCGUUGGCAUGGUGGCUGUGGAUAAGGCGGUCUUUGUUCUGAACAAGAAGAAUCGAAUGACACAAAACAAGGUCUGGAACGGGGUGCAGAGGAGCGAUCUUGGAUGUACACCCGGAGGCGGCACUGACAGUGCCGGGGUUUUUGUAGAUGCCGGACUUGCUGUGGAAUCCAACCUUGGCCUUGCCAGUCCAACUCGGAAUGAAUUGCACUGUGAAGAAUCCCCAAGAAGGAGGCGCUCCGUGACCAUUGCUUCACGAAAAACUGAAAAAGCACAAGAGUAUUCGGAUCCCAACCUACGCAAGUGCUGUGAAGACGGCAUGAAGGAAAACAUCAUGGGGUAUUCCUGCCAGAGGAGAUCGCAGUACAUCCUGGAGCUUGGAGAGUGUGUCCAGGUCUUCCUGUUAUGCUGCAAGCACAUCUUUGAGCCAGUAGUAAUUCGAGGAAGGCCUAAACUAACAUCUUCCAAGAGGCCUUCAAUCUUUCGUCCCGGGUCCACCAUCGGAGAUACAGGAAAGGCAGAUGCUCUCAAUGAGGACGACUAUGCAACCAUGGACACUAUCUUGUCACGAAGCCUCUUUUAUGAGAGCUGGUUGUGGAAGAUUGAAAAGCUGCCUACUAAAGCAGAUAGCCGCGGAUAUGCAUCAAAGACUUUAAAUGCCAACUUACCAGAUUCCGUCACUACUUGGGAAUUUCUGGCAAUCAGCCUAUCUCCUAACUCAGGUAUCUGUGUCUCUAAACCCUUUGAAAUGCUUGUGAGGAAAAGUUUCUUCAUUGACCUGCGCCUCCCAUAUUCCGUCGUUCGCAACGAGCAAGUGGAGAUCCGAGCCGUCCUGCACAGUUACAUAGAUCAGGAAAUCGAGGCUGUAGUGGAUCUGAUCUACAAUAAGGAGAUGUGCAGUGCGGCAACUGGAGAAGCCGAUUUCCGUCAGGUGGUCAAACUAGAGCCCACUGGGACUCUGAUCCUCCCAUUUGUCAUUGUUCCACUAAAGACUGGAGACAUUCGUAUAGAAGUCAAAGCCUCAGUCAAACACAUUUUCCAUACCGAUGGAGUGGUCAAGAAUCUGAAAGUCGUGCCCGAAGGAUUAAGAAUUCUUAAAAGCAUUCAGAGUGUCAUUCUGGACCCCCUACGCUCAGCAGACACGCCUGGAACCCAGGUACUCACCAUUAAUACAUCUCCACCCACUGACAUCGUUCCGAACACUGAAGCCAACACCUACAUUAGUGUGCAAGGAAGUCUUCUUGGAGAAACCCUACAGAAUUCCAUCGAUGGUGCCAACUUGAAACAUCUAAUUACGGUGCCCUCUGGUUGUGGAGAGCAGAUUAUGAUGAGCAUGACACCAACGGUGAUCGCCACUCGUUUCCUGGACGUCACCAACCAAUGGGAAAGAAUAGGAGUUGAACGCAGAGCAGAGGCCAUUAAAAACAUUGAACAAGGAUACAUACAACAGAUGACAUAUCGGAAACCUGACAACUCCUACUCUGCAUUUACUAACAGACCCGCCAGCACUUGGCUCACUGCCUAUGUGGUAAAGGUGUUUGCCAUGGCAGGAAGAAUGAUGAACAUAGAAAAAGACAUUUUGUGUGGGGCCAUGAAAUGGCUCCUUUCUGAAAAGCAGCUACCAAUUGGCACGUUCAAGGAAGAUGCUCCAGUCAUACAUGGAGAGAUGGUGGGAGGAACAGGAAACACCGACCCUGACGCCUCUCUUACUGCUUUUGUCCUUAUUGCCUUAGUGGAAGCCAAGAGUUUUUGUGAAAACACAAUUCCGGAUCUGCAAUCCAAACUGGAUAAGAGCUCCACCUACUUGGAGGGUCGGCUGAAGACCCUGAAGAAUCCGUACAGCAUCUGCAUCACGUCGUAUGCGCUCUCCUUGGUGGGAAAACUGCCAGAUCAUCAACAGCUCAUAAAAAGUUCAACAGGUGGCACCCACUGGGCAGACUAUUCUUCAGAUCUCUACAUGAUCGAAGCCUCUUCGUACGGCCUGUUAGCCCUUCUCAAGCUCAAGCAGUACCUAUUGGCCGAACCUGUGGCCAAAUGGCUGACAGAACAAAGAUUCUAUGGCGGAGGCUACGGAUCCACACAGGCCACCAUUAUGGUGUUCCAGGCAUUAUCAGAGUUCCAGAUUCACUCACCUGAAAUGAACGAGAUUGAUAUGGAUGUGACGAUGUCUUUGCCAGGGAGAAGUGGAAGCUUUACAUGGAAACUCCACACAGAAAAUGCGCUCGUCCAACGUAGCGAGAAGGCUGAAAUGAAAGACAAGAUCAUUGUGACGGCCAAAGGAAAAGGGCAGGGUACGCUAACGGUCAUGUCCUUAUACUAUGUGCCACUGGCAGAGGGAGUCGCCCCGUGCAAGAAUUUUGAAUUCAGCGUCACCCUUGAAGAUGUGCCCAAAAAUGUAAAGGUGCCAAUAGAUGUCAAAAAAUCCAUGUUCAUAAACAUCUGUAUGAAGUACCUUGGUGCCACCGAUGCCACGAUGACCAUUGUGGACUUAACGCUGCUCACAGGAUUCAACCCAGAUAUGGAUGAUCUCAGUGCGUUGACCAACAGGGUGGACAAAUAUAUCUCCAAGUAUGAAAUGGAUACGGAACGUUCUGAGCGAGGAUCCCUGAUUAUUUACCUUGAUUCGGUCUCCAGAACAGAGACACAAUGUCUGAAGUUCAAGAUCCACCAGAAAUUUGAGGUCGGAAUUCUCCAGCCGGCAACGGUUUCCAUAUAUGAGUAUUAUGCCCUGGAAAACAUCUGCACCAAAUUCUACCACCCCACAGAGGAAGGAGGAGAGCUGAAGAAGAUCUGCAGAGAAGCCGAGUGUCACUGCAUCUCAGAACAAUGCAACCUGAAGAACACCUAUUCAGGGAAGCUGGACGCUGUCUCUAUGGUAGAGGAAGCGUGCCGCCAUGGUGUGGAUUACGUGUACGAGGCCAAAGUGAAUAAAAUUGAGACGAAAGGUGCCUAUGAUGUCCACUUCAUGACAAUCGUCAGAGUUGUUAAACAAGGAUCAGAUGAAGUAUUAGAUGGUGAGGAGCGCCAGUUCUUCAGCCACAAGAGCUGCAGAGACUCGCAGGUCAAGCUCCAGGACGGCCGGUCCUACCUUAUCUGGGGACACAGCAAUGAUAUCUGGGACAUAAAGAAAGAGAAGUCCUACGUGAUCAACGGUCGGACCUGGUUCGAGAUCAUCCCCACCAAGCGGGAAUGUGCCACCACCGAGCAAGCCAAAUGCGAUCAGCUCUACGAUUUCAUGGACCAUCUGAUGAUGCGAGGCUGUAACCAGUAA